AUGGUCUCUACUUCGAUUGGUGAAUCGAUUCCACCAAACACCAACCAUGCGGUGUCUGUGUGUUUGCCCACUUGGGCUUCAACGGUGGGCUACGAAGAAGGUGAUCCUGCAGUUGUAGGAAAGCUGACAACAGGAUAUCCGAGAUUUUACAUUCACAAAUCCAUUCAGAAACUUUGCAGCAAUUUGGCUGCCAAGUUUGCAAAAGAUAAUGAAUCAUGUCUGGUGUUUCCCAGUUAUCAGGUCGCCAAAAGAUGUCGUGAAUUUGUUAGAACUAGGGGAGAUAAGACUGCCCGCGUUAGAAUCUUGCAACUAGCAACUCCACCACCAGCAAUAGAUGAAGAACGAGCUUGGCGACGCGAAUGUCGUAUAUCUGUCGUUUUUGUUGACAAGGAAUUGUUUCCACUGCUUAAACAGUAUUGGCAACAUGCUGGCGAAAUUGUCAGUAGUCGGAUGGCAGAAUAUGUCUUACAGGAGCUUUCGCUAGUAGAAAAACAAGAAAAAAGCAACCAGAAGCAACCGGUUAGCGAUAAAAGUGCGACAAAUAACGACGUUAAGGAUGAAGAAGAUUUUAUCGAGAAACGAUAUGGUAGAAAUUUGGAUUUCUCAUCUGCAGACCAUGCCAAGCUUUUAAUCAAACGCAGAAUCGCUCGUAAAGUGGUCGAUGUUGACAAUGAAGACGGAGAAACUUCGCGCCUACAGGAACUCAACAUUGACUCCGCCAAUGACGCUAAUCGUGAUGCUGCCGCGAUGGUGACUUCUACAGAUUCCAGUAUCCCAGCAGAGGAAAUCGAACAAGAAGAGCAUGUCCCAGAACCCACGCCAUUGGACGAAGACAUCCAUGUGAACGCAGAUCGCGAUGUUUUUCUAUUUCCUAGUGGCAUGGCCUCAAUCUUCACUGCUCAUAGACUUUUGUUGUCGUUAGAUGCAUGCCGGGUUCGUCGGAGAAUUGCAUCGCAUGGUGACCGCGCUGAUACACCUGGAGCUCACUCACCUGGCGUUACAGAUUCUGAAGUUAUUGGCUAUGGGGCACCCUAUAAAAAAACAGUUAUGUUUGGAUUUCCCUACACCGACACACUUUCGAUCUUGAAAAAGUUCAAUCACACUCAUUUCUUGGGUGAUGGUGAUGAUAAGUCUAUGCAACAAUUGAAGGAAAUUUUGCAUUCGGGAGAACAAAUUCUCGCCGUUUUCAUGGAGGCACCUUCCAAUCCGUUACUUAAGAUGGGGGAUUUGAUAGAACUACGAGAAUUGUCAGAAGCCUACGGGUUUUACAUUGUUGUGGACGAAACUGCUGGAGGCUUUGUGAAUAUUGAUGUGUUGCCACAUGCAGACAUUGUGUGCUCCUCAUUAACCAAGAUUUUCAGCGGAGACUCUAAUGUCAUGGCUGGAUCUUUAGUGUUAAAUCCACGCUCACGAUUGUAUGGGUUUGCCCAACAAUUUUUCCAAGAUGGAGACUUCGAGGACUUACUUUGGUGCGAGGAUGUAAUCUACCUCGAGCGCAAUUCCCGCGAUUUUGUUUCCAGAACCUUGACGGUCAACAACAAUACCAAGCAAUUACUGGACAACGUCUUGAUUCCUCAGGAGGGCAAGCUGUUCAAAAAAAUAUACCACCCUAGUCUCACGUCACAAGAGACAACCAAGAACUACGAUGCUGUUAAGUGCACAAAAGGUGGCUACGGUGGUUUGUUUUCCCUUACUUUUUACUCGGAGACCCAAGCACAAGUGUUUUUCGAUACUUUACAAUUGUGCAAGGGUCCAUCCUUGGGUACAAAUUUCACGCUGGCGUGCCCAUACGCCAUUCUAGCGCACUACUCAGAGCUUGACGAAGUGGCCAAAUAUGGUGUAGAACGGAAUCUGGUACGUGUGAGCGUUGGCCUUGAAAGUCCAGAGGCUUUGAAGGAAGUAUUCAGACACGCCGUCACCGAGGCCGAGAGAGUCAAAUGA